AUGUAUGGUAAUCAUCCCAUAAUCCAGCAGCUUGCACAUGGAGCGGCUCAGCGUCUUCCUAACCAGCAGUUUUCAGCACGUAACUACAAUGGUCCGCCCUUGACCCAGCACCAACCUGAAGAGUUUCACGAUAUAUGUGUUGAGAAUUUGGACUCAGAUGUUACACGUGAUAUGCUGCGACAUAGUUUCAGACGUUAUCCUUCGGUUAGGGAGGUAAAAAUUCAGAAUGUUACCGGACGUGACCAAAAACGUGGUUUUGUUAGCUUUGCAGAUGAAAGUGAGAGAAAGCGUGCUAUGCAGGAAAUGAACGGUGCUAAGCUUUUAAAUAAGCCAAUGAAAAUUCGUGAUGAAGCUCACGGCAGUAUCUAG